UUCAGCAGCAGAACGCACCAGGGAGGUUUAAGUGUUAAGUCCUCACUGGAACUGGAACAAAUAUAGCCACAGUGAAUCCAGCUGGAGGGGUUGGUAGCUGAUACUGCAGCCCGACCACAGUGCAUGGAGAGACUCUCACCCUCGCUCAGCCUCUCAGACGGCCGGCGGCUGACUCACAGCUGUGUGAAACGGACUCUAGUCUCUGCUGCUGCUGCUGCUGCUGCUGCUGCUGCUGCUGCUCCUCCACAAUGUGUAACACAGGAGGAAGUUGUUAGAGGCAGAAUGAGCUGUUCUGUCGGAGCGGGCCACCUGGACUGAGCUCCGUUCUCCAGCUGAGUCGAAACCCGAGGCAGCAUCCUUGUUACAUGUGUACAGUCAUGAAGUUCAACCAGUGCGUACUGCAGGACACACCGGGGAACCACAACGAGAACAAAGUGUGGAAAUGGCACAUUCAGGAUCCCGCCAGCCAGAGACUGACGUGGAACAAGCCACCAAAAAGUGUCCUUGUGAUCAAGAAGAUCCGAGAUGCCAGUCUGCUCGAGCCUUUCAAAGAGCUCUGCACGUUUCUCACCGAGGUGAAAAACUUGAUUGUUUACGUGGAAAAAAAAGUCCUGGAAGACCCGGCCAUUUCAGGGGAUGAAAACUUUGGGGCCAUUACGAAGAAAUUCUGCACUUUCAGAGAAGAUCUUGAUGACAUCUCAAACCGCGUGGACUUCAUCAUCUGUCUCGGUGGAGACGGGACUUUGCUGUAUGCAUCUUCGCUCUUCCAGGAGAGCGUUCCACCAGUUAUGGCCUUUCACCUGGGCUCCCUGGGCUUCCUGACUCCUUUCAAGUUUGACACCUACAAGUCUCAGGUCACCCAAAUUAUCGAAGGAAAUGCUGCUAUCGUGCUGCGAAGUCGCUUGAAAGUGCGAGUGCUUAAAGAGAACUGGGAGAAGAAGGCCAGAGUGGACGAGAAGGGAAUCAUCCUGACCAACGGGGACAUCGAAAGCAGCCGCAAAGCCGUGCAGUAUCAGGUGCUGAACGAGGUGGUGGUGGACAGAGGCCCCUCCUCUUAUCUCUCCAACGUCGACCUCUUCCUGGACGGACACCUCAUUACCACAGUGCAAGGAGACGGUGUGAUCGUAUCCACACCUACAGGAAGUACCGCGUACGCCGUGGCAGCGGGAGCCUCCAUGAUCCAUCCCAACGUCCCCGCCAUCAUGAUCACCCCCAUCUGCCCCCACUCGCUCUCCUUCAGACCCAUUGUGGUGCCUGCUGGAGUGGAGCUCAAGAUCAUGCUGUCCCGUGACGCCAGAAACACAGCCUGGGUGUCGUUUGAUGGAAGAAAGAGACAAGAGAUCUGCCACGGAGACAGUAUUACCAUCACCACUUCCUGCUUCCCCGUUCCCUCCAUCUGUUUCCGGGACCCGGUCAACGACUGGUUCGAGAGCCUGGCCCAGUGUUUGCACUGGAACGUGAGGAAGAAGCAGAACUACCUCAGCUCAGAGGACGAGGAGUUCUGAGGCCGAUUCCACGAUCUUCAAGGUGUUUCCGAGGUCUCCAGGACUUUUAGCUCCACUGUGCUCUGUGCCGUUUCAUGGACAGAAGGUGUCACCAAACUCGGCCGUCACAGUAACGUUGCUCUUCAUACGCGUUCAAAUAAAUCCAUAGAAUAAUGCAGUAAAUUAACAAGCACCGGGCCAAACAGCACAUUCACUGUGGUCCUCAGUUUGUAGUUUGGCUGAAUUCAUGUGUGAGAAAAAGAGGAAAACUAUGAAACCCCAAAGUCAAAGACAUUAUAAAACAGAUACUCAUAUGAAUAAAGUACAAAAUAAAUACCUGAAAUAACAGAAAAGUCAAAUUCUGAUUGUAAAAUGUUAUUUCACCUUCUUUCUGUAGUAACAGUUUUAUUGUUUUCAUAAAAAAAUUGUAAAUCUCUUACAAUUUACUCUUACAAAUUCUUACAGUUACCUCGGCUGCGUCGUGCUGCCACAGAGACAAAGACACACACCACUGUCUCAUCUGUCUACUACAGUCUGUGGCUAUUUUAGAGCUAGUUAGCUAGCUGCUGGCUAAUAACAGUUGUUGAGUGCUGGGGGGUUUGGGGCUUGUGAUUGGCUGAAACUGAAACUCAACUGUCUUUGAAAAGUGACAUUAAGAAAAAUGCAAGUAUAAAAACACCAGCAAACUUUUGAAAUAAAAAAUCUUCUAUAAUGAAGCAAAAAGGAAAUUUAUAAAUCUGUUACUAUGAAAAUAGAAGUAAAAGUAAAUAAUGAAACUGAGUUUUAACAAGUUACAAAAUAAUUUUGCAGUAUUUUGAACACUUUGGGUCUCCAUAGAGAACCUCUCCUCAGAGAACCAGGAUAACGACCUGCCUACGUUUACACGAAAUAUAUAUUAAAUAUGCAGCAGUAACGAAGAGCUUGUAAAAUUCCACAAAAUACCAUUUAACGUCUAAUGUGUAAACUUGUUCAAAUGGUGGAUUUCUGAACGGAGUCUGGCCUCACUGUUGGUCCAGCGCUGUCCCUGUAUGUUGUGAACACCGGCCUGUGGUCCGAUGCAGUUUGUAGACAAAGUUGUAAUCAGAGGUAAAUGCAAAGCUCGGGAGGCUCAUGGACUAAACUGUGUAAGUUGAGUUGUUGCAUUACUCUCGACGGGUGUUAUCAAGUCUGUUGUAGCACUUUUUUAAAUCUCUGCGGCAGGUGUCAGGGACACAUCCACUACUUUAUAAACAACAGGAGCUUGUUCUCUCAGUUUUCUCAGCUGAAGGCCAUGUUGCACUUUUAUGAAAAAUUCUUUAUAUUAAAAAAGAAAAAAAAAAAAUUCUGAUAAAACUUUCCCAAAUUGUGUUAUUAAUCAAAUCAGGAAAAACUGAAUGACAAAUGUUAUUUACCACAGCUUUCAGGUACAUCCUGAUGAAAGCAUCUACUUGGCAAUAGUGGCCCAACUGUACAGAUGUGCCUUAAACACUGGUAUCAUUAAUGUAUAGAAAUAUUAUUUUUCAAGGUUUACAUCAUGGUAAUUUUUUUUUAAUCACUCACUUGCACAGAUUUGUGGUUUUGCAGAUUUUCACUAUAUACACAUGUCGACUGUCUUUGACACUCGAUCUGACUAACUGAAUGAUGUCGUCUGUCCCAUAGUUUCUCUGUUCAGUUAUGUAGUGAAGGCGCUGAACGACACGUAACGUGAUGUUCAUUCCAGACAAACAGACGACAGGUCAGACGUCGUCAGCGUCUUUUUAAAUGUCUGUUUUUUAAAAUGUCCUUUAAGCCAUAGCUGAACUCUGUAGUUUUUAUAGACCAAUGUCUGUGGGCUGUGGGUGAUUUAAUGGUCUGUGUGUGUGUGUGUGUGUGUGUGUGUGUGUGUGUGUGUGUGUGUGUGUGUGUGUGUGGUGUGUGUGUGUGUGUGUGUGUGUGUGUGUGUGUGUGUGUGUGUGUGUGAGUGUGAGUGUGUGUGUGUUGAGGGAUUGAAUUAUUACGGACGUUGGUGCAUCCUUUCUUCUCAGUUUGCUACAAGUCUGCCGCUGUGCAGCCUGUGCUGAAUACUCUGAGGUGGCCUACCUUACAUAUCUGUUCAGAUUUAAUGUCUAGAUGUUAAUAUAUAUAUAUAUAUAUAUGUUUAUAUAUAUUUACAUUGUGAAUUGGCUCAACAAAAUGUGUCGGGGUGAAAAAAGACAAACAUUGGUGUCAACCUGUUGUAACUCUCAAGAGGACCAACCGAGCUCUGAAAGGCAAUCAUUCCUUUAACUCUGAGUCUGUACAUACAUGUGAUGCUUGAAUAAGAUGUAUUUUGUAACGUCUAUAUGUUUAUUAACCAGUUUACAAUGUAUCAUUGCUGAAAAUAAAUCUAUUUGGUACUUUUUUACAUUAAUGAGCUCUUCAGUCAUUAGUUCUUUUUUUUGAUGAAGGUUUUGUUUUUGGGUUUUUUUUUUUUAAGAAGGUUUUGGUCAGAAUUGGUCAGAAAUACUUGUGGAAGUACUUGAACAUUCAAAUACAACUAAAGCUAGUCUAAUAGUCGUAACGUAUCAUAACAGACGCAGCUGGCCGAUGCAGUUUGUUUGAGUCGGUGGUCUGAACUGUUCAGUCCCAGUAAAACCAGUUCUGUAAACACCCAGGUUUUGGCUUCUCUUUUCUACAAAGAACUGUCGACUCUUCCUUCAAAGUGCUUUUCACUUUUGUAACUCGGACACUCUUUACUCUUGACUUUUGUAUCGGUAAAUUUGUUCAUGUUUCUAAUAUGAAUUUUGCUUUUUCUUUUUCUUUUUUUUUUCUAGAGCACUUUAAUAAACAGAGAGAAAAUGUAA